CAGGAGUUUGAAAAGUACAAAGGGAAAUCUUGCUAUGCAAUGAGGUUGAAAGGCUCCACUUGGAACGAAGGCCAAGAAACCUGCAGUGACUUUAAUAAAGGUGGUUUAGUUGUCAUGGAAACAGAGGGUGAACGAAGUUACAUCAAAAGCAUGAUUCGUUUAGCUAGUAAUAAGUUUGAAAAUAAAUGGUACAUUGGUUUAAAGAAGGAAGGACGUUCUUGGAAAUGGACCAAUGACAUUCCUGUAACAUCAAGUCAUUGGUCAAAUGGUCAACCAUCAGGCCAAGGGAACUUUGGUGUCAUGACGUCCGAUGGAAUGUGGUUUGAUGAGGAUGGGACUAAUCCAUACGCUAUCAUUUGUGAAUAUGAAUCUGACGGUGUAUGUGUACAGCCCGGAGCUGAUCAAUUUUAGUUAAUUCAGUGGAAAAUAGGAUGUGUGCUGCAGGACUAUGUAUUCAGGGAAAUACGAAUGCAUAAAGACAAAGGAAGAGUCGAUUGAACUGCUGACUAACGGUGUGUCAUUGCAAGCGCUCUAUUUCUUGGACAAUAUUUUUUUUAAAGUUGAUCCGGUCUAAGUGAAAUUUUCAUAUUGAAUGUAUAAUUCUCAAAGAAGCAAAAAUGCGGCCUGAGAAUAGGUCGAAUAAUUUGUUGACGUUUCGAUUCAUUAGCAUAUCAUUAGCAUAAGCAUAUGUACCUACUAUCAGUAAAUCAGCACUGAAUAUUAUAAGACUAAUAUAGAAACACAAUGUCACUUUUGAGCUUCCAAUAUGAAAUAGUUUCUGCGUCAAACUGUUUUAAAGACUCCAUUUUUUUGAGAGCGCUAGCUUUUGACAUUAGUCUUUGAACGCUAUAAAUAUCUCAUAACAUGUCAUAAGCUAUUAUUGCACGUUCAGACCUCAAACUUUAAUUUCUUGGUUUAUAGUUCUAAUAAUUAGCCCUUUUACGUUAUGAACUUAUUGUACACUCAUUGUUUUUAUGUUGUUUUGUAAAUCGUAACGUUUUUUCAUCAGUCUUGAUAAUGACUCGGUGAGUCUAAAGCUCGACUACGUAAACAAAAUUUUAGCUUUAAAUUAUCAUGAAUAGACCAACCUACAACCAUCUAUUUGAUCAUAUUAUUAUAUUGUACACUUGUUUAAUUUAAACUUUAUUCUAAAUUAGCAAAAUGUUGAAAAAAAGUUCCGCCUAUAUAAUAAACGUCGCUUAAAACUUCC